AUGUCGAGCAAGACCAACACAUAUCCCUUCCACCAGGUGGAUACAUUUACCGACACGCCAUACUUUGGCAACCCGGUCGCGGUCGUCAACUGCCUGGACGCUGCCUUGCCUAUCCCGACACAAGAGCAGAUGCAACGGUUUGCACAAUGGACCAAUCUUUCGGAAACCACGUUUUUGCUACCGCCCACCAAAAACACUGCGGCUGACUACCAAAUCAAGAUUUUUACGCCGGUUGAAGAACUUCCAUUUGCCGGUCAUCCCACCCUGGGAAGCUGUCACUCCUUCCUGCGACAUCUCGGCGAGUCUGCUUCGGUCUUGAUCGCGCAACGAGAAGGAACGCUCGUACAGGAAUGCGCGAUUGGUUUGGUCGCACUCCGGGUGUCGGGAGCUGGCUCAACGGUGCAUUUCCGUGCACCUGACUUUAUUCGACACGAACCGGUCGAUCCCACCACCGUCUCCCGCAUUACUCGCGCCCUGCAACUCGACCCCAACAACAUCAUUUCUGCAUAUCACCUCGACAAUGGUCCACGCUGGAUCGGCAUCAAGCUCAAGACCGCUCAACAAGUGCUCGAUAUCGACAUUCAGUCUCCGCAGUGUGACAUUGGUUCGAUCCGCGAUCUCUUCCUGGGAUUCACAGGACCAUAUCCGGAAACGAGGAACGCGGAGGGAGAGAAAGUAGCAAAUGAAGUGAGAGCAUUUGUCUUUGAAGAUAUUGGAGAAGAUCCAGUGACUGGAUCCUUGAACGCCGGGUUUGCAAAGUGGUUCGAGGCGACUGGAGAGAGUCCUGCGGAUGAGUAUGUCAACUCGCAGGGCACAGCGAUCGGCAGGAAAGGCAGAGUGAGUGUCAAGGUGGACCGUAAAGGUGCGGACGGUGGGAAGCCCGAUAUCUGGAUCGGUGGCAAGUGCGUCGUCUGUGUUGAUGGUGUAGUUCACAUUUAG